UGUGGGAAGGAAGCCGCCCGAUUGUUUUAUCCAGUUGCGACCGUUUGGCUUAAUUUGAACUUUUGAAUUUGGCUUCAAUUUAUUUAUUUAUUUCUGUCGGAGGGCGCGAGCCGGUUGAAAGGGUGGAAUAAUGGAGCAUGUGCAUUUGACUGCACUAGAUGAAGAGGAUCUGUAUUCGGGAUAUAAUGACUACAACCCAACUUAUGAUACAGAGGAACUAGAGAAUGAUGUGGCUUUUCAACAAGCUUUGAGAACUAGCCAUGGAAGAAGACCUCCAAUGACUGCUAAAAUACCAAGUACUGGAGCAGGUGUACGUCCCUUUGGGAAUAUGGGGGCAAGGGUGCCUUUGGCUUCUUCAACGGGAAGGCCUGCCACUGGAGCUAUUCAGGAUGGGAUCGCUGUUGCUAGACCUAUGACCGCAGUGCGUGCAGCUGGCUAUUCUUCUGCAACUUACAGAGGCUCUGCAUUUGACCCACUGGGACAAUCAAGAGGUCCUGCUCCACCUCUAGAAACAAAGAAUGAAGAUACGCCAGAAGAAAAAGUUAAGAAUUUAGAGAAAACUGUGAAUGAGUUGAUUGAAGAAAGUUGCAUUGCCAACAGAUGUGGUGACCUGCAGUUGGCUCUGGAAAAAGCAAAGGAAGCAGGAAGAAAGGAGAGAAUACUGGUGAGGCAGAGAGAGCAAACGUCAUCUUCAGAUCAUAUCAAUCUGGAUCUUACUUAUUCAGUACUUUUCAAUUUAGCCAGCCAAUAUGCAGCUAAUGACAUGUAUGCAGAAGCAUUAAAUACCUAUCAAGUGAUAGUAAAAAACAAGAUGUUCAAUAAUGCAGGUCGGCUGAAGGUAAAUAUGGCAAAUAUUUACUUCAAGCAAAGAAAUUAUCCUAAGGCAAUAAAAUUUUAUCGAAUGGCAUUGGAUCAGAUAUCAAGUUCCCAUAAGGAGAUGAGGAUUAAAAUAAUGCAGAACAUUGGUGUUGUAUUUGUCAAAAUGGGACAGUACUCUGAUGCUAUCACCUCAUUUGAGCAUAUUAUGAGUGAAAGCCCAAAUUUAAAAACCAGUUUUAACCUCAUUCUGUGCUACUUUGCUAUUGGUGAUCGUGAAAAGAUGAAGAAAGCAUUCCAGAAGUUGAUAGUGGUCCCACUUGGUAUUGAUGAAGAUGACAAAUACAUUCCUCCUAAUGAUGAUCCACAUAUGAAUCUGGUGAUAGAAGCCAUCAAGAAUGACCCACUCAGACAAAUGGAACGAGAACGGAAAGCAAUGGCAGAGAGAUUUAUUAUGACAGCAGCUAAGUUGAUAGCACCCGCAAUUGAAGCAUCUUUUGCAGCUGGAUAUGACUGGUGUGUAGAAAUGGUGAAGGCUUCCCAAUAUGUUGAACUGGCUAAUGACCUGGAAAUUAACAAAGCCAUUACUUACCUACGACAGAGGGAUUUUAACCAGGCUGUGGAGACCCUAAAAACGUUUGAGAAGAAGGAUAGCAGGGUUAAGAGUGCAGCUGCGACAAAUCUCUCUUUCCUUUACUUUUUGGAAAAUGAUUUUGGACUUGCAGACCGGUAUGCAGAUCUUGCAAUGAAUGCUGAUCGAUAUAAUCCAGCAGCAUUAACAAAUAAAGGAAACUGUGUCUUUGCACGCGGCGACUAUGAGAAAGCAGCUGAGUUUUACAAGGAAGCCUUGCGGAAUGAUUCCUCUUUUACUGAGGCACUCUAUAACUUGGGUCUCACUUACAAGAAGUUGAAUAGACUGGAGGAGGCUUUGGAUUGUUUCUUGAAGCUCCAUGCAAUCAUGAGGAACAGCGCUCAAGUUAUGUACCAGAUUGCAAGUCUAUAUGAAAUGUUGGAAGAUCUUGCCCAAGCCAUUGAAUGGCUCAUGCAGUUGAUUAGCGUUGCCCCUACUGACCCACAGGCACUUGCUAAAUUAGGGGACCUGUACGACAAUGAGGGAGACAAGUCCCAGGCCUUCCAGUACUAUUAUGAGUCAUUUAGAUACUUCCCAUCGAAUAUCGAGGGCAUUGAAUGGCUUGGAGCCUACUAUAUUGACACACAGUUCUGUGAAAAAGCUAUUCAGUACUUUGAACGAGCAGCACUUAUCCAGCCUACUCAAGUCAAAUGGCAAUUAAUGGUGGCUAGCUGUUAUAGAAGAAGUGGUAACUAUCAAAAGGCACUGGAAACAUACAAAGACAUACAUCGAAAAUUUCCCGAAAAUGUUGAAUGUUUGCGCUUUCUAGUUCGUCUUUGUACAGAUAUGGGACUGAAAGAGGUCCAGGAAUAUGCCACACGACUGAAGAAAGUUGAAAAAAUGAAAGAGUUAAGAGAACAGCGUGUGAAGUCUGGCAGAGAUGGCAGUGCACGUGGGCGUAGAGAAGGCAGUGCUGGUAGCGAAAAUGGGCAAAGUAGCUAUGUUACUAGCGCCAAAGGAGAACGGAUGAGUGCCAAGUUGAAGUCGCUGCCUGGAGUUAAUGAUCCUUAUGAAACCAGCAACAAUAAAGAUAUAGAUGCUUCAUAUGUGGAUCCACUUGGACCACAAAUAGAAAGGCCCAGAACUGCAGCUCGAAAACGGGUUGAAGAUGAUGAAUUUGCAGAUGAAGAACUAGGAGAUGAUUUGUUACCAGAGUAAUGACUUCCAGGCCAAAAAAACAAAGAAAUGUCACUUGCAUAGUUGGUGUUUUUUUUUUGCUUUGAUAAUGUAUACAUUAAAUGUAUUCAUUUUAUAUUUGUAUUUUCUUUAAUGUACCUACUAAUGUGUUAUUACAUUUGUAAUUAACUAUGUUACUUGUAAAUAUAAAACUUGUAUAUUUUUAAUAUUUUAAAAUUUGUGAUAUAAUGUUAAAGAAGUGAUAGAUCUAUGGCUCAUUGAAAUGUAUGUUUAAAGGUAGACUAAUAUCACUAGUUGUAAUUACAUUUGAUUAUCUGUGUUAAUUGUUUAAUAUUUCAUUUAUACAUAAGGAAGAUAUUUAAAUAUUUAGGAUUUAAGGCAGAAAUUAAUUUCUUUUUAUCUUUAUGCCUUUAUAAUUCCAUUCUUGUACUUUUUCUGAAUGAUACUUCCUUAUUAAAUAUAAAAUCAAAACUGA